AUCCCUCUUUUUCACACAUAUUCUUCCCAAGCUUCGCAUUUUUGAACACUUCACAAACACAUACCAUGGCUGAAUCCGAUCUCAACCUCCCCACCAUUGUCCCAUUGCUCCAGUCAAAGUCCACACCCGCGCAAAAAACUGAUGCUGCUCCACCUCAACAGUCUUCGUCGUCUUCUUCUAAAGCCAACAGUCAGUCGGAUGCCUUUAUUUCAGAGCACCCUCACCUUGUCCCGUCUUCUCUCAAAGUCGAGACUGCCCUAUUGACAAAGGAGCUCGCCAAGUUCCGAGCUUGCGACCAAAACACAUGUUUCUACUGCCGCGAAUGGGCCCAGUGGAUUUUCAAAAAGAUGUUUGGCAAAGAGAAGGGUAGCUCAGUUGCAGACAAGAAGGGCGGACGUGCUGGAUCAGGAGGAAUGAGCUCCACAAACUCGGAAGGCUCUGGAUCUGAGCCAAAGAAGAAGCAUAAGGAGUACGCCAUGGUGGUAUGUGAACGAUUCUAUCAGCAGUCAACUGCGGAUAAUGCUGCGAUAGGGGCACAUGGACGAACUCCAGGAUCAACCGGCGCAGGAUCAGUUGCAGCCGCAGCAAUUGCUGCAAGCAAAGCUGGAACAGGAACAACCCCUGCACCCCCAGCCUCAGGAUCAAAUCAUGAUGGAUUUGUGUCAGAGAUUGUUGAAACUGUCCGAGAAUGGAUACAGCAGCCAAGUGCACUCUACACAUCGCCCGAAGUCUUUUCUCUCAUGGACUUUGAGGCUCUUUAUGCGUUAUGUCCACUUCAAAACCAGGAGCAGAACCAACAGCAGGAUGAUGUCACCCCUAUACUUGCCACAAUUACGAUUGAAAAAGCCCAUAUGAUUCUAGGCCAUCAAGGAUACCCAUUAUUAAAGAGAGUGACCAAGGCACAGCUUCAAAACCAGAUCAUGAACCCAACGUGUCAACAUACUAAGGGCCAUUCCAAAACGCCCGCCGAUCUGGAAUUAGAAAAGGAGCUUUUCAAUGAAGAGCUCAAGAGGAUGCGGAUGCGUGACCAAGAAGGACUACGAAAACAGAUCGGGCCCGUUUGGAAACACGUAGAAGAGGCUUUGGAACGUAUGGAAGGUGCCGAGAGGGUCCGAUCUGGUAUCUUGAGUCCAUCUCGUGCAAAAGAGUUUGCUCAAACGUAUAAAGAUCGACUGUUGUCAUUCCAGGAUAUCUGGUCAAAAGUAGAGUCGUCUGUUAAAAAGCCAUCGUUAAAGAAAAAAGGAUCAACAUCAGAGUCUAUUGAUUUAGUUGCGGAGGCUGAUCAAGGAUUCCAGACGUUUAUUGAUAACUUGCAAUUCAUCCACAAGCAGCUGAUCACAGAUGUAUUAGACUCCUCAGAAAGAUCGCUUCGUGAGUUUAUUAAGGAACUGGCGGCAGCGCAAACAAAAAUCCUCAAACUGGCACUAGCCCGUAUUCAAGAGGGCAAGGUCGGGACAGCUCGGAUUGAUAAGAUCUUAGAAGAGAGCCCUGAGAAGUGCCGUAAAGCUUUGAAGAUGGUCGAGCAAUUGAUCCCAAUUUUUGACACCAAGAUGGCCCAGUUUAGAGUGCUAGUCUUGAACAAACUUAAAGAAGUUGACGAGGAAGUCGAGGCAGUGGCUGCUGGGUACUUUCAAGACUCUCAAAAGACCGUCCAGGGAAGGCUUGAGAAAGCUGCUAACAAAGAAUUCCGUCGGCGGAUCAAAAAACUCGAAUUUCUUUCUGUAGAAACGCGCAAGUGGUUUUUCCAAUCUCGGCUGACAUUAUUCUCCAGCUUGGAUUUCGCUACUGUUUGCUUGAAUACCCUUGGAAUACUAAUGGAAGAAGCCGAAGUUUUGGAAGCUGUCCAACUAGGUCUUCAUGAUGAUCACUUUCGUUCUCGUGUCGUAAAAUCUCAGGAAGGUCGCAUGAAAUUAGCAUUACAAUUUCGAGAGGGCGUAAAGAUUGGUCGUAAGGUCCUUGCGGUUAUGAUCUCGCGCCUCAUGAUGAGAGAAGGCGCAAGAGCUAUGGGUGAGAUGGCUGCCAUUCAGAAGGAAAAAAAAUUCCUCAAAUCGAUUGGACAAGACGUGAAUGACAGCAAACUUAAUGUUAAGGGCUUCUUGGUACCUAACAAGGAUGUCACACCUACAGCCAGCGCACAAGUCUCAGAUGAGGAAGAGGGUGACGGUCCGCCAAGUACUGGGGCUAUGAGUAAGAAUAAGAAGAAGAAAGAAAAAAAGAAGAAAAAGGCUGCCGAGGCAGCUGCAGCGACCGCAUCAGCGACCGCGGGGGAGACUGCUGCCCGUGAGGUCAAAGUCACUACGGAAGAUAUACCUUUUGAAGGGCAUGCUUCUUCACAGCGUGUUCCAGGCCUCAUUCAUGUCGACCGUAUUGAACCGCUGACAGCUUUGUCAUCAAAGGAAGCCAGGGAGUUAAAGAAGCAGGCUAAGAAGGAAGCCAAACGUCAAGCCAAAGAGGCCGCUGAAGCAGAAGAGACUGCAGCAGCUCAAGCCGCAGCCAAGAAAGCGGAGGAGGCCCAACGCCUAAGGGAAAUGAGGGAAGCACAGGAGGCAAUCGAGAGACAAGAGGCCAAGGAGCUAAGAGAAAAGCAAAAGCAACUUGAGCUCGAGAGAGAGAGAAAGGCUGCUGAAGAAGCCCGCGAGGCCGAGGCAGCUAGAGCAAAGAAGGCUGCGGAAGAGGAAGAGGCUCGUCAAAAAGCCAUAGAAGCUCAAGAGAUAAAGGAAGCUAUGGAAAGGCAACGAGAGCGCGAGCGGAAGCAGCUUGAAGAAACUAUUAAUGCUACUAAAGACAUCAAGACAACUAAGAAGAUCAAGGAAACUAAGGAGACUAAAGAAAUCAAGAAAUUGAAGGAGACGAAAGGAGCUAAGCAGACCAAGGGAAUUCCGGAAACUAAUAAAGACGAAGGAGCCAUGGAGCCAGUUUAUGCAGCCUCAACCACUACUCAUGGCAAUUUCACUUCUGUUGUAACACCAAAAUCUAUGACCUCGUCUAAAUCUAACGAAGAGAUCGAUAAGGAAAUUAAGGUGCCAACAUGGGCACCCUCUGCAGCCACUCUUGCCAAUCGCACGGCUCCAACUUCUGAGAAAAUAGAAGGCGCUCAAUUGGCAAUAAGAGGACAAAAUGCACAAGAAAAAGAAAGGAUCUCAAUCGGUGACGGUUGGUCACAACAAACCAAUGGCGCUUCUCAACAGAAAGGAUGGGGCAAACCAGACCAACCUGAGCAGAAGGGGUGGGGAGAGGUAGAUCAAUCUGAGCAGGGAGGAUGCGGGAAAGUAGAGCAGCCCCAGAAGGGAUGGGGAGAGGCGGAUCAACCUCAGCAGAAGGUAUGGGGAGAAGCAAACCAACCUGAGCAAAUAGGGUGGGAGAAAGUAGACCAACCUGAACAGACAGGAUGGGAGAAAUCAGACCGGCCUGAGCAAAUAGGAUGGGAGAAGACAGACCAACCUGAACAGACAGGAUGGGGGGAAGUAGACCAACCUGAACAGAUAGGGUGGGGGAAAGUAGAUCAGCCUCAGCAGAAGGUGUGGGGAGAUGCAAACCAGCCUGAGCAAAUAGGAUGGAAGGCAGACCAACCUCAACAGACAGGAUGGGGGGAAGUAGACCGACCUGAACAGACAGGUUGGGGGAGCAUUGAUCCGCCUCAGCAGAAAGCAUGGGGAGAUGCAAGCCAGCCCGAGCAAAUAGGAUGGGAAAAGACAACCCAACCUCAACAGACAGGGUGGGGAGAUGCGAACGGGUCACAGCAGAAAGAAUGGGAAAACGCAGAUCAACCUCAGCAGAAAGGAUGGGGGAAGGUAGGCCAAUUUCAACAGAAAGCAUGGGGUGGUACAGACCAGCUUGAGCAAACGAGGCAAAGAGAUUUAGAGAAAACUGACAGAUCUCAAGAAGAAGAGUUGGAAGAUACAGACCAACCCCAGCAGAAAACAUGGGAAAAGAGAGAUCAAUUUCAACAGAGGGGAUGGGGGAAGAAAGACCAACCACAACAGAGAGGAUGGGGAAAGAAAGAUCAAUCUCAAGAGAGAGGAUGGGGGAGGACAGACCAACCUCAGGAAAGAGGAUGGAGAGCAGACCUACCUCAGCAGAGAGGAUGGGGAAAGGCAGACCAACCUCAGGAAAGAGGAUGGAGAUCAGACCAGCCUCAAGAGAGAAGCUGGAGAUCAGACCAAUCUCAGCAAAAAGGAUGGGGGAAGACAGACCAGCCUCAGGAGAGGGGAUGGGGAAAAGCAGAGCAACCUCAACGAAAGGUAUGGGGAAAGGCAGACCAAUUUCAGCAACGAGAACAGUGGACUGUAGCACAGGAGCCUGAAGAAGAAAACACUGCAGACGGCGCAGAGGAACUCUCCAAGCUUCCCGCUCAAGCACUGGUGUCCUUGGUACUUACUUUGCAGGCAGAGAAUAAAUCGUUGUUGACAACAUUGGUUUCGAUGCAGCAGCAGGUAUCUUCGCUAACGGAGCGCUACUCGACCUUAGCGACGCUAGCCCGUGAGCAUGAACAGCAGACCAUUCAGGCCAUGGAAUCCCAGAAGAAGCGUGAGAUGGAGGAAGCUCAACGGUAUGUUUGGAAGGUCGAAGAACGUUGUCGUCAGUUGGAGAAGCACAUCUUGGCGUCGCAUCAACAUCAUUUGCAAUUGCAACAGUUGCAACAACUUCAACUUAAGCAAUUGCAGCAACCACUAGCUUCUGGAUCGACAGGGACGUCACCUCUGGGCAACCUAUCCAUGCCACCACCUGGUUUCAGUAACAUUCUCGGAGUAAAUCGUCAGUCACAGCCGUCUUCCCCUCUAUUGGCACAACAAACUUUGGCUAGUGGCAGUGGCAGCAGUAGUGGCAGUGGUGACAGCAGUGGUGAUAUGGACUCACCCUCAUCAUCAGCUAUAACAACCACAUCGACAAUACCAAUAUCCAUGACUGCCAGUUCGACUUCAAUGGCGAUAUAUCCCAACAUGGAAUCGCUUGUGAGUGAUCCGAUGGUGUCUCUAAUGUUGUCACAACAAGGCUUGAUGAAUAGCUCACUCCUGUCCACGGCACCAUUGCCCGUGGCGAGUGGAGGGGGUGUUUCUAUGCCUUCAACAAAUGCACCUCCAGGAUACGAGGCUGCACCCAAGAAGACCCACUGGCGACAACGAGGCGAGGUACGUUGCGGUAACUGUGCUCAACUGGGGCAUGCCAGUUCAGAGUGUCAAGCUGGAUGCCGGUAUUGCGAUGAGACUGGACAUUUAAGCCAGGACUGUCCUCAGAUGACCACCCCGGAUGCAUAAAGAGGGGAUGUUUUGAUACAUCAUUACUAGUACAGAUCAACUUUUGCCAAUAGAACAUAAAAAGCUGGG